AGGGAAGUGGUCUGAUCUGCCGGAAGAUCCACAUCUACGAAGAAAAAACACAAGCGUGGGGUCACCCGUUGGAUGAUUCUCCUGUCACAGACGACCGGGAGGGAAGUACGAGACUAUAAAAUACUUACACUGUUGCUGCUUGAGAAGAUAGAACACGAUGACAUCUGCAAUAAAACGCUGAAGAUCACAGACUUCGGGCUGGCGAGGGAGUGGCACAGGACCACCAGAAUGAGCGCGGCAGGCACCUACGCCUGGAUGGCCCCGGAAGUCAUCAGAUCGUCCCUGUUUUCUAAGGGAAGUGACAUCUGGAGCUACGGAGUGCUGCUGUGGGAGCUGCUCACCGGGGAGGUCCCCUACCGGGGCAUCGACGGGCUCGCCGUGGCCUACGGGGUCGCGGUCAACAAGCUCACGUUGCCCAUUCCGUCCACCUGCCCCGAGCCGUUUGCCAGGCUCAUGAAAGGGUGCUGGCAGCAAGACCCGCACAUCCGGCCGUCGUUCGCCGCCAUUCUCCAGCAGCUGACUGCUAUCGAGGGGGCGGUGAUGACUGGCAUGCCGCAGGAGUCUUUCCAUUCCAUGCAAGAUGACUGGAAGCUGGAAAUUCAGCAAAUGUUCGAUGAGCUUCGGACGAAAGAGAAGGAGCUGCGGUCCCGGGAGGAGGAGCUGACACGUGCCGCCCUGCAGCAGAGGUCACAGGAGCGGCUGCUGAGGCGGCGGGAGCAGCGGCUGGCGGAGCGCGAGAUCGACGUGCUGGAGCGCGAGCUCAGCAUCCUCAUAUUCCAGCUGAACCAGGAGAAGCCCAAGGUCAAGAAGAGGAAGGGCAAGUUCAAGAGAAGUCGAUUAAAGCUCAAAGACGGCCACCGAAUCAGUCUGCCCUCAGAUUUCCAGCACAAAAUCACCGUGCAGGCCUCUCCCAGCGUGGACAGACGGAGGCACAGCCACAGUUCCAGCCCGCCCAGCAGCCCCUCGGUGCUCCCCCGGCUCCGCGCCAUACAGCUGACUUCAGAUGAAAGCAGUAAGACUUGGGGCAGGAACACGGUCUGUCGACAAGAAGAAUUUGAAGAUAUAAAAAGGAAUUUCAAGAAAAAGGGUCGUACCUGGGGACCAAGCUCAAUUCAAAUGAAGGAAAGAACUGAUUGCAAAGAAAGAAUAAGACCUCUCUCAGAUGGCAACAGUCCUUGGUCAACUCUCUUAAUAAAAAAUCAGAAAACCAUGCCGUUGGUAUCAUUAUUUGUGGACCAGCCAGCGACUCCAGUCUCAGCCGCCGGAGCCCCCGCACCGCCACCCCAGCGGGUCUGGGGGGAGCCCCACGCCUCACCCGGCCCUCACCGGAACCUGCCAAGUGAGCCCCACCCUGGAAAACAAGGCGCUGCCAGUGUCUGGCCUCUGCCUCACCCUCCGGCCCCACAAGGCCCAGCGGACACCCCGCCGGCCUUCCCAUGGGGCUCAGAGCCCCAGCCGGCACAGGCCGGCCCCGCCCUGGGUGGCCCAGGACCAGCAUCUGACUGUGCCCUCGGUGCCACGGACAGAACUCCAUCGCAUGUGCCGUCCCUGUUGGACGCCGACGUGGAAGGCCAGAGCAGGGACUGCACGGUGCCUUUAUGCAGGACGAAGAGCAGGACUAGCCGGCCGUCCGUGUACGAGCUGGAGAAAGAAUUUCUGUCUUAAGCACCUUAUGUUGUUCGAGCAUUUUUUUUUUUCUUUAAGGUGAACAAAUUAAAACAAUGUGUCUACCUUUGAAUUGUUUCACGCCGCCGUGUCUUCAAAAGCUGUGGCCAUGUUCCUAAAAUGGUGACGGAUGUCUGACUUCUCAAAAAUGUACGUGAUCGCUACGAGCUGCCUGCGAACGCUGUUUUCCCCCCUGGAUUCCUACCUUGUAACUUGAAAUACGAGUAUAAAACCGGACACGGGCAGCAACGCGACUGUGCCAGGCAGAGCUCCCUGAAGCGCCGUUUCCACGCUCUGCUCUCGUUCACAUCCUCGUCUGCUAGACGUUGCCGUGAGGUGCUCUGUGCUGGUCCCUUCUUUUCCAUUCUUUCCCUUUUCCUUUGCUUUCUCUCUCUCUCUCUCUCUCCCUUUGUCUCCUUUGUUUAGGCAACGAAAAGUCAAGAAGAAUAAUGUGAUAUUAGUAAGUAAAGGUGUCUGUGUUUUAAAAAAUGAUGACCGGAAUGGAUGUAAAGUCCUAUUCAUCCUACCGAAACUCGGCAGUAGGUUUAUGAUGCGUAAAUAUGUACAGUUCUCAAAUAAACUAUGCACGAUUUCUCUCUUUGAGGAAAAUCUACUGAAUGUAACUUGUAAACGUUUUACUGAAUGUAACUUAAAAUCUUUUAUCCAUUAGAACACCAGAAUGGAUUUGUAAAAGACCACUCGCCGACAUUUGGCUGCGGCCGGGUCGGGUCCGCGUGUGCCCGAGAGGCAGUCACGCACAGCUUCUCCCUGCGGAAGGCCUCAGCCGCCUUCAGUAGCCAUUUAUUUGGGCUCCAGAAGGGUAAAGCGCUUUCAUUUUGUAGUAGAAUUUCACAAAAUUAAGUGACACACGUGUCCAUGCAUUAAGCAUUCAUGCCAUGUAAUUUUAUUUUUCUCUAUUUAAAUGCAUAAUUAAUAAUCCCAAAUGCAAUUAGAGAGAAAUCACUGUCGAGAAACAGCGGUACUGUUAAAAUUUAAGUGUUUUGUCGUUAUUUCACAUUUCAUUUAAUUGUGAACAAAUGUUAGACGUGAUUAGAUAUGGUUGACAAUGUUAGAUAUGGUUGAAAGGACAAAUAGUUUACAGAUUAUUUUCAGAAAUGGGUUUGUAAAAUAGAUCUUUGGAUAGCAGAUCAGGAUUGAAAUGAUUUAAAAUUAUAAACGAGUCAUUCGUAAAUCAGACCGGAAUGAUACAAAGAGACCACUGAGUCAGGUAAUAACAAACAUGGUUGUCCAGGAGCUUGGUAAAGUUGCCUGGGUCUCUUUUGCUAAAUCUAUUUUGUUCCCUUUCUGUCACUACAUAUGGUUGUUCAGAUGACAGACAAUAAAUGUUUAAAUUCUCCUUAUGAUGAAAAACUAAAUUACAAACCUUGAUAUUUUAUUUAAAAUUAUCUCUUGGUUAAGGUUUACUGAAUAACUGAAUUGCCAGCAAUUUAAAUUAAAUCAGGUGUGAUAAAAUACCUACCUAUAGUAGAAAAAAAGGUAAAUUCCAUUUGGCCAUGUUGGAACAUCUCAGUCACCCAGCAGGUGUGCCCUAGCGGAUGAUGGACAAGGCCUGAAAGGAUUAUAGUAUCAUAAACACAUUUCGCCCUAAAGAAAAUGAUCUCACGUUUAAGAUUCUUGCAGCAAAAUCUCAGGUACUUAUUGUGUCUUGUAUUAGUGUCCCUUCUGUGGUUUGGCUUAACUUUUGGGUAGAUGUUGAGUUAGAUCAUCGAGAUUUGGUUUCCUCAAAAUAGGAUCACAUCCGAAACUAUAGUCGGCUGCCUUGUACCCAGCCAUUUGGGGACAUGUAACUUCCAGGGAAAGUACAGGGAAGGUGUGCCUGAAUCAUACCUGACAGGAGAGGUACGGACUCUAUGACCUGUGGGGUGGGGACGUGGAGGGUGUCAUCCGCCUCAUCCCUCCACUCUGUUCCUGCUCCUGUGUAGCUUUAUUUCAGCCGAUUCUACAUUAUAACGAAAUUAGAAAUGAAGCGGUUUAAAAGGAUAAUUGCGACACAAGGACUCACUCUCGCAUGUUCCUGCGGCUAGCUGUUCUCGGUCGAGAUCCAGUGUACAUUUGCGAUUGUCCGUGUAUACGUAGCAGAAUCUGGUUAUUUAUUUUCGUGUAGACUGACUAGUUCCCUGAAAGGUAAAUUAAGCUGAUCGCUGUUAGUCAACAAUUAAGACGCCCUCUGCAGGGUGAAGGCCUGGGCCUGCACUGCUGUAUUAUGAAGCCUUGUGAGUGAAAAAGAUGUUUACAUACAUUGUCUAUUUUUUUAAUAAACUUUUUUUUAUAGCUA